AAGUAGCGCUUAACAAUGACAACCAUGACAGGAAGAGAUGAUGGCUCGGAUGAAAAGCCCAAAGUCAAGAUGCUGGCUCCAUCAUUUGGGAUCGAUAAGUCACGACUUCAUGGAUCUGGGUUUAGGUCUAAAGGUUUUGCCAUCACGGACCUAUUGGGUCUUGAAACGGAUCUCCAGCCUCGCCCAUCCGGACCUCAUGGAGUAGGAGGUAACGGGGAUAUUCAGAGCACUGGGAUGGGAUUCCCUUUCGCUGGAGGAUCCUUGCCGCUUGGUCUAGGGUUUCUGUGCAGUUUGGCGGCUCAGCAACCUGCGGGAGCCUCCUGCUUCCUACCGAGUCACAUACCCCACCUUCAGUCCAGGACCGAGAGUCAUUUCAUGCAGAACUUGGAGCAACAAAGAGACCCCUACUCUGAUGAUGAUUGUCUCUCUGGUGAUCGAAACGAUUCGAAAAACUCAGGGAACUCACAGAAGAGAAAGAAAAGGAGGCACAGAACCGUGUUCACAUCGCAUCAACUGGAGGAGCUCGAAAAGGCAUUCCAUGAAGCACAUUACCCAGACGUAUAUGCCAGGGAAAUGUUAGCAAUGAAGACAGAAUUGCCUGAGGACAGAAUACAGGUAUGGUUCCAGAAUCGUCGGGCCAAGUGGAGAAAACGUGAGAAGUGCUGGGGACGCAGCAGUGUGAUGGCAGAGUAUGGGCUCUACGGUGCCAUGGUCCGCCACUCCAUCCCUCUGCCAGAAUCAAUCAUCAACUCCGCCAAGAGCGGGAUGAUGGGCUCCUGUGCUCCCUGGCUUCUAGGUGAGCCAGCAGGAAUGCACAAGAAGUCCAUGGAGAUAGUAAAGAAAUCCCCGGGUACGCCAGAGUCUACCCACUCGGAUACAUACUCGGAGGAAACUAAAGGGAAAGACAGCGACAUGUCCUGGCCCAACCGCGCUAGUGCUGUAGACGACAGUGAGGACAUGGCAAUAGACCUAUCCAGCACCUCCAAGCAGGACAGCAACAAGAGCACUUUGAAAUCAUUGUCGCCGCAGAGGGAUCUCAUUCCCAACAGUGAUUCAGACAAUGAGAGCUAAAUAGACGUCAAUCCCCGUUGCAGACAGUGAGCUCGGACAUUUGCGUGGAAAUGAUGCUCACAUCGAAGACAAUUCCCACUGGGCACAGACGUCAAGGCAACGUCUAUUCCACCUUGGUUCAACGUAAUUUCACUGAAUGACGUGGAAGCAACGUUGAUUCAACCAGUAUGUGCCUAGUGGGUUAUUUUCCAAAGAUGUGCAACGGUCCCAUCAAUUUAGGAGUGUACAGUGUACUUGUCUUAUUUCUUAAUACUUGUAUUUGAACAUAUGUUUUAUAACCUUGUCUGGUUUUAAAUAAGAUACUAUUUAAUGUUUUAUUCCUUUCUAUACUUUUGUUAACAUUUUUGUGGUGUUGAAAUAAUAUUUCAAGAAAGAAGAGAGAGGACCACCAGAAAUAGACAUACACAUACACAUUUUUCUGAAAAGAAUUACUGAAAAUUACAAACCUUACAUCUUAUUUCAUAUUUUUGAAUGUUGUUGGUUAGGGUGUAAGCCCCACCGCCUGCAUUUUGUAUAAAACAUCAACUAAAAUACACAGAUCAUCGUUAUCAAUGGGCGAAAUUAAGCACUUUAUUUGUGUUGAUACUGAAUGUCAUUCAGAGGUCAGUUUCACUGUAAUGACAGCGAUAAUAAGAACAGCAAUAUCAUGAAAACAGUCAAAUAAAUCUAAUAUUUUUUUUGAAA